AUGGCGCCCUGGGACAUUCUAGGAGAUUGGGUUAACCAAAACCUCCCUAUCGCGGCUGAGACGCUCGCAGAUAUUCUUGACAACGCGAAGAAACAUGCCGAGCACGUCUCGAUCCAGUUGAUUUGGAGUGGUGCCCCGAAAAACUCCCAAGUUAUUCUGGGCAAUGAUGGCGAGACUGUUGAACUGGUACGGCCAUCCAAUCCCACAACCUGGAUCGACAGUUUGACGUACAGUAUCAGAUCGGCUUGGCUAACAAAUAGCUUGCCUUCGUCUAGAUCCCAAUUACUGUCUCCGAGUGGGCAACGAACAUUCUCCCUUGGCUUGUUGAGACGGGAAAAGAACUUGCGGAGAGUGCCAGGCUCGAGUUUGAGAAGGCUCAGAAGUGGGCAAUCCAUUGCAGCAGCAAUCCAUUCCACCAUCGGCAACGUCAGUCCUGGAAGUGUCUUUGCAUUUCUUCAAAGUGCUGGUGCGGAAGGCUACGGAGCCGUUGCUCUCGAUGCUGCCUUACGAACGGCUGGAGCCACAAUCAUGACUGCUGGCGCUGCAGAUCUCAUUCGGCAGUGGAUGGAGAAGUUCAACGGUGAAGUGCCUGUGAUUGAGAUGGGAGGACUGUGA